AUGACAAUAUAUCUCGAAAAAGCCCUUGUGGAAUCUAUAAUAAUAGUAAUUCUCGUCCUCAUCUUUCUCAUCAUAUCAUGUUCGCCCAAUAAAUCAUCUUCCGCUAAACCGUCCAGCGAGAGACCGAAAAGGGAAAGAUCCGAUAGACCAGAGCGUGACAGUGAUAGAAGCGACAGGAAUAGAGAUAGAGAUGAUAGACCGGAGAAAGAUACGGGCGAGAGGCUCAAACCUUCUGAUCCGGAUACAGAUAGGAGACAGAGAGAUGAUGAUGGAAAGAAGAGUGAUCCUUCUAAGUCUGAUCCGGACUCGGACGAAUCGGAAUCUACUCCUCCCACGCCCUCUCCAGAUGAUGAUUCGACGGACGAUACUUCGGAUGAUGGACGUACCACAGACACGGAUGUAGAGACGCCCGGAACACUGAAUUGGUCUGCUCAGUUGGCAGAUAACUUCAGAUUGAAUAUCAAUAAUUCAGAUGGAAAUUUCAGGGUGAAUUAUCAUGGUUAG